CUGACCGCCACACCCAGGGAAACGCGAUACGUUUCCAACAUCCAUUACUUUGGCGAGCCCGUCUACACCUAUUCCCUGAAGCAAGGCAUCCGCGACGGCUUUCUCGCCCCAUACAAAGUCAUCAAGGUCCACGUCGACCGCGACGUGGAAGGCUACCGUCCCGAAAAGGGCCAGCUCGACCGCCGCGGAGAAGAAGUCGACGACCGCAUCUACAACGCCAAGGACUUCGACCGCAAUCUGGUGCUGGACGGCCGCACCAACCUUGUCGCCCGCAAGGUCACCGAAUUCCUCAAGGAAAGCGGCGACCGCUUCCAGAAGACGAUCAUCUUCUGCGUCGACCGGGAACACGCCGCCCGCAUGCGUCAGGCGCUCGUCAACGAAAACGCCGACCUCGUGGCCCACAACCACCGCUACGUCAUGCGCAUCACCGGCGGCGACCCCGAAGGUCAGGCGGAACUCGGCAACUUCAUCGACCCGGAAUCGGCGUACCCGGUGCUGGUCACCACCUCGCGGUUACUGUCCACCGGUGUUGACGCGCAGACCUGCCGGCUGAUCGUGCUCGACCGCCCAAUCAACUCCAUGACCGAAUUCAAGCAGAUCGUCGGGCGCGGCACCCGCGUGCACGAGGAUACGCACAAGUUUUACUUCACCCUGAUGGAUUUCCGCGGCGCCACCAGCCACUUCGCGGACCCGGAGUUCGACGGCGAGCCGGUGCAGAUUUACGAGCCGGGCGAGGACGACCCGAUCACGCCCCCGGACGAUGCCGGCGAACCGGAACCGCUGCAACCCGAUGACGAGGAGGUUGUCGUCCAUGACCCGUCCCUCCCCCUGCCGUACCCCCUCGGCAGCACGCACAAGGUUUACGUGGACGGCAUCGAUGCCACCAUCAUCGCCGAGCGGGUGGAGUACCUCGACGAGUACGGCAGGCUGGUCACCGAAUCCCUGCGCGAUUUCACCCGCAAGGCGUUGAAAAAGCGCUUCGCCAGCCUCGACGAUUUCCUGCGACGCUGGAAGGCCGAGCAGCGCAAGCAGGCGAUCAUCGACGAACUGGCGGGCGAGGGUCUGGCGCUCGACGUGAUCGUCCAGGAAGUGAACAAGGAUCUCGAUCCUUUCGACCUCAUCUGCCACGUCGCCUUCGAUGCCAAGCCGCUGACCCGCCGCGAGCGCGCCGCCAACGUCAAGAAGCGCGACGUGUUCAGCAGGUACGGCGAACAGGCGCGCGCCGUACUCGACGCCCUGCUCGUCAAAUACGCCGAUGAAGGACUGCUCAACCUGGACGAUACCGCGGUGCUGCGCAUCCCGCCGCUCAACCAACUCGGCACCCCGUUGCAGUUGAUCAACGCCUUUGGCGGCAGGGACCAAUUCGUUGCCGCGGUCCACGACUUGCAAGACGCCCUCUACCAGGAGACCGCCUAG